AUGCCUUCUCAACGCGACUUAGAAGGCGGUAGCGUGCCAGACGAGCGCGCGCCCUUGCUCUCGCAUGAUGCCGCGCGUCAGCACACGCCCACACCAUCGGAAAGCGACGAAAUCAUCGACCAACCGGAAAAGGCAGCAUCCAAGACCUGGUAUUAUGUUUGGAGAGGCAUCCUUGCCGUUUUCGCGAUACUGGUCGUUGCCGUCUUCAUCAAAGGCUGGAUAGAGGCCGAUGACGUCGAUUUCGAUCUCAAAGGCGCACUGAAGCGUGCAUUAGGUGGGGGCUUGAGUGGUGCUGCGGCGAUGAUACUGCAAGUGUUGCUAUUGAUGCCUAUCCGCACGAUCAUGAACUACCAAUAUCGCCAUGGCACAUCGACGACUGUCGCAACUAAGACUCUGUAUGCCGACGGUGGUAUAGGUCGAUACUACCAAGGUAUGGGUGCUGCGCUCUUUCAGGGGCCCAUCGCUCGAUUCGGAGACACAGCCGCCAACGCUGGUAUCCUGGCCUUGCUGCAGUCAAACGGCUUCCUGAAGCAGCUUCCUUCGCCCAUUCAGACGAUCUUUGCAUCAGCGUGCGCUGCAGCUUUCAGAAUGCUACUAACACCAAUCGAUACCUUGAAAACUACCUUACAGGCCCAGGGAGCUAGUGGCUGGGGUCUCCUCCGACAGCGCAUUAGGACCGACGGCAUCGGCUCUCUGUGGUGGGGUGCUUUCGCAACCGCAGCAGCGACCUUCGUUGGACACUAUCCCUGGUUCGCCGUAUACAACUUCCUUUCCGAAACCAUUACAGAGCCAUCAAGACAACAGAUCGGAUGGUGGUUACUACGGGCGGCUUUCAUCGGUUUCUGCGCUUCGGUCGCUUCGGACACCAUAUCGAAUUCGUUGCGCGUUGUGAAGACCUAUCGACAGGUCAACGAUACGAGAAUAUCCUAUACUGAGGCUGCCAAGCAGGUUAUCCGUCAAGACGGAAGAUUGGGUCUAUUUGGACGCGGAUUGAAGACGAGAAUCAUCGCCAACGGUCUGCAGGGCAUUCUGUUCUCCAUCUUGUGGAAGCUGUUCUUGAAAAUCUGGGAAGACAAAACGGGUUGA